AUAUGUUUGAAGAGACUUCCUCAAGUCUGUCGGUUUGUGUGAGAAGGUGCUUUGAUGCUCAGGAGGAGGACAUUAGUUUAGCUGAACUAUUGAUUUUUUUCUCCCGAAAACUAGGUCUCGUCUGUCAUCUCCCAGAAUCACUCGAUUUAGUGACUUUGAACGCUCUCGUUUGUGUCUACUUAGUGUUUACUUUACUGAAAAGGAGGCGAUGGUUGAAUUUAUUCAUGUGGGUCCCACUGGGAAGCUGCUCUGUUCACCUCUCACCUCCUGCAUAAUCUAUGCCUCUUUAGCCAGUCCAGCGUUGCAGCUUGCAUGAAGAAUGGCCAGGCAAACUAUACUUUAUGAACCUUUAAUCUAUGCCUGGAUUGCCCCGCCUUUCACCAAAACAUUCCAGUGCGGUCAUCUGAUAAGGUAAGAAGCCACCUGAAUUGAGUUGGCCCCUCAGCCCAUGCAAAUCUCUGCUUAAAAAAAAAAUCGUUUGUGCUGGUUUGUGCCGUUAAAAUGGUUGUUUCUGCUGUUUCCGUUUGUGAGUCAUUACAACUUAUUUAUAGGUCAAUUUAAGUUCACCCAGCCCCCCAUUUUCUCCAAAUGAACAAAAUAGUCGCAGUUGUUUGUGCUAGGUGUGCGCCAUUAAAAUGGUCGUUUGUGCUGUUUUUGUUUGCAGGUCAAUCUACGUUUGCCCAGCCCCUCAUUUUCCCCAAAGCAAACAAAAGUAGUCACAAUUGUUCGUGCUGUUAAAAUGUCCAUCUUUUGGUGACAAUUUAAACUGUAAAUCCAAAAUGGAAAACCAUAACAUAAAAUAUCCGGGACAUUGAUUGCCACAUAAGAUUAUUAGCAAUGCUACGUGGUUGCAGGUGUGUCAGAAAGGCCCCCCCUACACUGUCACGCUGUAUAAAUUACACCCCCAUCCCCCUGCUGCUGUGUUGAAACCAUAAAGAUGCCCUCAUGUCAUUUACUGCCUAUAAUGACUUAGGCCUCAGAUGCUCCUUUUACCGAACAAUCAAGAUCCAGCUGCUGAAACAGAAAAGCAGCUGAGUCAAUUUCUGCAUAAUCAACCACUUUCUGUCAGAGCUAUUGAAGUAUUGUGUUCCCUUUGGUCCGUUUGUUAUUGGUCAGAAAAGAACCACUAGUAAUACUGAAUUGAAUUACUGCGGUGCCUCAGUUUUCAUGAUUUGAUUCAUUCGAAAAGGUCAGGCAAAAACUGGAACAUACAAAAAACAAAGCAAUUUUUCCCAUAGGAAAUAAUGUAAACCCAAUUCAUCCGUUCCAGACACCCAAAGGUACUAACAAAACAAACAUUUUAUUUAUAAAUUAUAGUUUUACAUGCAGAAAAAGAUGAAAUUCAUUCAAUGUGCCACAGUACAAACAGUUUGUUACACGCAAUAUUGUACAACGAGACAGUGUACAAGAACCGUGGCACAAUUUUGGUGAAGAUUUUCGUCAAAAACUGAAUCAUACGAAAACGGGGGCGUUGGAAAAUCAAAGUUUGACUGUAUUUUGGAUCAGAGUGGUGUGGCCAGCUUUGUUUACAGUUGUGUUUGAUGUCUGGAUCACAAAGUGUGAAAGAAGCGCCUCUUAUAUGCUAAUGUGUUCACACAUAUGAAUACAGUUUUCUCCAGCUCUCAUUAAUAAUGCAUCACACAUUUAGCAGGCGACAUCUCUGAAUGGGAAUUCCCUCGGCUAUAAAGCAUGCUCAAUAACAAUCAAAAUCAUCGUGUUAGAUUUUAGUAGAACCAGCAUCGAGGCCAUCAAUCCUCUCAGAUGGGGGACGUCAGUCUACACUCGCCUUACUUCAGCAGAAUGUUCUGACAGUUUGUAACUGCUGGAUGGCAUCUGUCCUGUACACGUACUUCUGUGUUUUGGUGUUCAGUGGUGCUGAGAGAGAAGCUCUAAUACCAAGCUGGAUAAUACCCACAUUUGAAAUUACAGAGAUGUGACAGUUUCAGUUCACUUUUCACUUUUCAUUUGAUCACGCUGUCACAGAAAAUGAAAUUGUGAUAGAAAAACUCUUAAGUGGUAACAUUAGGCUAACUUUCUGAGACGCCGCAAUGCAAUUUUGUCAUCUGAAAGGGACAAGCAUUUCAUAGCCUUGUUUUCCAGUAAUAUGUGAUUUGUUGGAGUAUGUCCAAUGAAAUAGAAGGGCUGUCUUCCCAAAAUGGCUCCCGACACCGAGCAGCAUAUUUGAUGGGAACAAAAGAAGUACUUUUUUAUAUGUAUAAAAUUUUUGUGUUUUUUAAAGAUAAAAUAUUUCUUUUAAGGUGUGUUUGGUAAAUAAUUUGAGGUGAUUUGGGGAACAUACAGUCAUUUUUAAUAUACUGAAAACACAUUUUUGCAACGUCCUUUGUGGUGGAUAUGUGGACUUACUCCUUACUCGAUACUUCAAUUCAAUUCAUAGAAAAUAAUGAAGAUUGUUGAUGCAACAAAUGUGUCAAGAUGCAGAAAUGCAUACGUCUGUGACAAGGAGGAAAAAAAACGCUUCAUGCCGUGUCAUUCAUAGUAAUAUGACUUUAAAAGUGUGCCACGGAAUUGACAAAAUGCCAAAACCAAGAAAAAAUGAAGUUCAAUGCCAAUGCAGCUGUAAAAUGGAUGAUAAAAACAGCUAUAUCUAUAUUAUAAACUAUUAAUUGCAGUAGGUAUGAACAUUUUGUCAAAACAGUAGAAAAGACGAUGGAGGACAUAAUGAUUUAAUUAGCACUAGAUGCCGCUGUCCACUGCAAAGGACAAAAAAACCCCACACAUUUUGACAAAAAAAAUGGCAUAAUGAUUUCACCCAAGAUAUUUAUUAAAUGCAAAACAAAAACAUCUGUUUCAGUAGGUGUUUUUGUUGAGUAACUUUUACUACACAUGGAGUGUACAUCAAGUGUAUCAUAAAUACUUGGAGGAUGCCUGGUUGGUGUUGUAUGACAGUCACAUUGUCAACAAUCACACUAUGCUGGGUCACAUGUAAAACAAGUCCAUGAAUCCAAUAAUCCAUAAGCAACUCGUGUAAGCAUCGUUGUGGAAAUAUGGUCUUAUGCAGCUUGGUAGUUUGUUCUAGCUGUCCUUUUAAACAUAGCCAGUGUGUCAUAUAAAAAGCCUCACAUGUGUCAGCCUUGUGAUUGGCUGGUCAUCUGUCAAGGGUGCACCCCACCCAGUGCUGGGUUUGAUUCCUUUUCCUUGUGGAUACGCGGUAAAGAUGGACUUCAAGAGGUAUAUUCACAGCUGCUGACAGCUGCAAAGGGCUGACGUGUGUGUGAUUCAGUGGUAUUUUUUUCUGCACCGCCUGAGUGCACAGAUUCAUUGGAAUAUUCCGAUCAUUGGGUGUAACGCAUUACAUCUCAGACCUCACUUGCAUGCAUGCAGUCAUAUUGUAUUCAGGACUGUGUUGUUUCGGCAAAAUGGUCAGAGUAACUGAAAACAGCCUCUCCCAGCUGCUGAACUGGGAUUCACCCUCCCCGAGCGCGGACGUCCCAUUGAGAGCAAUGUGAUUGUUGGACUCAAGCCCAACUAUUACAAGGACCACAUCUUUAUCACUCUGGUUCCCUCUAGUUCUCUGGUUUAAACUAACAGCAUAGGCCCUGCCCAUCACUGUCAGGGAUCACAUGAGUAGAAGAUUGCUCCGAACAGACCGAACAAAAAGGAAGCGUGCAGAGAGCAAAAGGAGUUGUAGUGGGUGGAGUGCUUUUGUUCAGAGAGGGGUGAUUCUUCUUCUGCUAUACAUACUGGGUCGUUACCUUACUUGGUCAUCAGGCAUCAGCUGGCGAGGGCAGCUACUUGCAGUGGGACCGAAACCUCUACAGGACUGAAAGCAGAGAAAAUGAAACUCUCUGUGGGAUGUUGCAUGGAAAGAGAAGGAUGAGGACUGUAAUUUGUGGUGGAAGGGAGUGAACCCAAACUCUAUUUCCUCUGGUCAAGUCUCUGCAGUGUUAGUGGAGUUUUUUUGAAAAACGCUCGGCCAUGCACAUUUUUGGGGGGUAUGUCUGAGGUCUCCAGUGAUGUCACUACAGUGUGGAAUGCAAUGUGGAAGUACUGCAUUUCCAGCCGAACUAUAAGUGUGGAAGGGGACGGUCGGUCCAAUGAGAGCGGCCCUUCCCUGGAUGCAGGAGCCAGCUAUGGCCAGGGCCCGGUGACCCAUGGAUUGGCCAUCAGCCCAGACCGUUUUGAUAGCUCCCUCUACAGCCACGGGGUUCAACCUGGGCCUCAGAGACCCCGCCGGCCCAAGCUCCAGCACUCGCAGUCUAUCCUCCGGAAGCAGGCGGAGGAAGAGGCCAUCAAGCGCUCUCGUUCGCUCUCUGAAAGCUAUGAGCUUUCUGCUGACCUCCAGGACAAACAGGUGGAGAUGCUCGAGCGCAAGUAUGGUGGACGAUUCAUAACUCGGCAUGCGGCUCGCACGAUCCAAACUGCCUUCCGCCAGUAUCAGAUGAACAAGAACUUUGAACGUCUCAGGAGCUCUAUGUCUGAGAACCGCAUGUCCAGACGAAUUGUUCUCUCCAACAUGAGGAUGCAGCUGUCGUUUGAGGGCGCAGAGAAAGUACACAGCUCCUAUUUUGAAGGGAGACAGGUGUCCAUGACGGAGGACGGCGCCCCACUGUCCAUGAUGCAGUCUGAAGAUAUACAGGUCCAUCAGCAGGCCAAUAUGGCAUCUCAUCCGCCUCCACAGGGUGAUCUGACGGACGCUAUCACGGAGCUAGAGGACGCCUUCUCCAGGCAGGUCAAAUCUCUGGCAGAGUCGAUAGAUGAUGCACUGAACUGCCGUAGCCUUCAAGGGGAUGAAGGCCCGGACCCUGAGGUGGGCAGGGAGGUACCCUAUCAGGUGAAAUCUCACCGCAGGGCAGCCGGACACAUUCAUGAUGACACAAUGGCAUCUUAUAGUGAUGUCACUCUGUUCAUUGAUGAGGACGACAUGUCACCUCCCAUUGCUCUGUCGAGGUCAGGGGAUCAGCCCCCCGGUACGGAAUCGGACCUGCGGUUGCGCUCAGUCAACUCCUCCCAGGACUACUGGCCUGUUGACUCUAAAGAUGAGGGUCGUGACACAGAUACGAGCUGCCGCAGCACUCCUUCCCUGGAGUGCCAAGAGCAGCGUCUUCGAAUGGACCAUCUUCCUUUGCUGACCAUUGAACCUCCUAGCGACAGUUCUGCGGAGCUAAGCGAUCGCUCCGACCGGGGCUCAGUCAAACGGCCGCCUGUGUACGAGCCGCACGGCCACAUAGUAACAUCAUCCCAAGCAAGUCCCAAACAUAUUUCCCAUGGACCCCCGCCACGAGUGGCGUCCCGUGACGAGGAUGCCCCUCUUCGUCACCGCCACCGUCAGCUGGAAAGCCACCUAGCUAUCAACGGCUCAGCAAACCGGCAGAGCAAGUCGGAGUCUGACUUUUCGGACGGGGACAACGACAGCAUCAACAGCACGUCCAACUCCAACGACACCAUCAACUGCAGCUCGGAGUCCUCGUCGAGGGACAGCCUGCGAGAGCAGACGCUCAGCAAGCAGACCUACCACAAAGAGACACGCAACAGCUGGGAUUCGCCCAUUUUCAGCAAUGAUGUGAUUCGCAAGAGACACUACCGCAUUGGCCUAAAUCUCUUUAACAAGAAACCAGAGAAGGGCAUCCAGUACUUGACCGAGCGAGGAUUCAUCCCCGACACACCUGUUGGUGUAGCUCACUUCUUGCUUCAGAGGAAGGGCCUCAGCCGGCAAAUGAUCGGAGAGUUCCUUGGAAACCGACAGAAACAGUUCAACAGAGAUGUCUUGGACUGUGUGGUAGACGAAAUGGACUUCCAGAGCAUGGAGCUGGACGAGGCCCUCAGGAAAUUUCAGAACCACAUCCGUGUGCAGGGAGAGGCCCAGAAGGUGGAGCGACUCAUUGAAGCUUUCAGCCAGCGCUACUGCAUAUGCAACCCCACAGUGGUGCGGCAGUUCAGGAACCCUGACACUAUCUUCAUCCUGGCCUUCGCCAUCAUCCUCCUCAACACAGAUAUGUACAGCCCCAACGUCAAACCUGAGAGGAAGAUGAAGCUGGAGGAUUUCAUCAAGAACUUACGGGGUGUGGAUGAUGGUGAGGACAUACCCAGAGAGACUCUGGUUGGAAUCUACGAGAGGAUCCGGAAGCGGGAGCUCAAGACCAAUGAAGACCAUGUGUCACAAGUACAGAAGGUUGAGAAGCUCAUUGUGGGAAAGAAACCCAUUGGGUCGCUCCAUCAUGGCCUGGGAUGUGUUCUAUCGCUGCCCCAUCGUCGCUUGGUGUGUUACUGCCGCCUCUUUGAAGUGCCAGAUCCAAACAAGCUCCAGAAGCUGGGCCUGCAUCAGCGGGAGAUCUUCCUGUUCAAUGACCUUCUCGUGGUGACAAAGAUUUUUCAGAAGAAGAAGAACUCUGUGACGUACAGCUUCAGACAGUCCUUCUCGCUCUACGGGAUGCAAGUUCUGCUGUUUGAAAAUCAGUAUUACCCAAAUGGAAUCAGACUUACAUCAGCCAUCCCAGGUGCAGACAUCAAAGUCCUCAUCAACUUUAAUGCGCCCAACCCCCAGGACCGCAAAAAGUUCACAGACGACCUGCGAGAGUCCAUUGCUGAGGUCCAGGAAAUGGAGAAAUACAGAAUAGAAUCCGAGCUGGAGAAGCAGAAGGGGGUGGUGAGGCCCAGCAUGUCACAGAGCUCCGGCCUCAAGAAGGAAGCCGGAAAUGGCAGCAUGAAUCGUGCAAGUCUGGACGACACGUACGCAAUGGGCGAAGGUCUGAAGAGGAGCGCCCUCAGCAGCUCCCUGCGAGACCUCUCUGAAGCAGGCAAGCGGGGGCGUCGCAGCAGUGCAGGAUCACUAGACAGCAAUAUGGAAGGGUCCAUCAUUAGCAGCCCCCACACGCGCCGAAGAGCCACCACCCCGCGUGAGGGCGCACCCCGCGAGCAUCCUUCCCUCCCCAACUCGGCAUCCACCUCCAUCCUCGGCUCACUGUUUGGCGGCAAAAGAGGCAAACCAUCCGGCCAGAGCCACGGCCCGAUCCCCCCGCCUGGCCACCCCACCCUCAUAUCCCACAAGCCCCACCCCACCAACCUGCAUCACACGGCGCAGGUGGUGCACUCCGUGCAGGUGCAGCACCACGGACACCACCCGCAGUACUGCCAAGUCCCACAGAACCCGCCGCCUUACCACCACCACCACCAUUACCACCCCCCGCCUCACACGCAGUACCACAAGCACCCCGCCUACUCCUCACACGCGCACCAACACGGCCACACGCAGCACAGCCACUACAGCCAGCAUUCCCAUCACGCCUCCCACUCCCAGCACGCUCCGCACCACCACAGCACCCAACAGGCGGGCGCAGCACCCGGCGGACCCAAACCCAAACACAGUGGCAUCAGCACUGUAGUGUGAUGACGCCGCCGACACGGCGAGGAGGGCACCACGAAAGAGGGGGACUGUUUCUGACACCAAAGGGACUGACAGCGCGACUCUACGGCCUGUCCACUGUGUUUUACUGCUGCUGCCAUGGAAACCACCUGCAGGCACUGUUUCACCUCCACGUCCAACCAGUUAGCAGGAUGGACGUUUGGACUCCAGUUUCCCACCAGGGGCCUUUAUUACUAGUUAGUCUGAUUCCGGGCUGCCCGCUCCCUUCCCCCUUUCAGCAGGGUUCCACAGGACGGGUGGGUGUGUACAGGAAGAUGCCCUGUGCUGUCCAGACGCACACGCACGCACACACGCACACACACACACACACACACACACCGCCGGGCCGCCGCCCUCCGCGGCCUGUCUCACCACCGUAUAAUCAGGAGGAAAGACAACCAGGCGCAACAAUGACGUACAUUGUCGUGCACAGCUUUUUCGGUUUGCAAGUCACAUGGAUGCUAUUUGUCCUUGCCUCCGAUAGAGCUCACAUGUAGUAAAAAUAUAAUCAUUUGACUUCAAAUCUGAGGAGUCCUAUUAGUUCUAGUGCUGUAUUUACUGUAGAUGACAGCUGUACGUGUUGUCUCCUAGCGCUCAUACAUAAAUGUGCCAAUUAUUAAUGCAUAAUCUAUUUAGUCAAGACUUCCUGUACAGUAUAUUGUGCGUAAAGUCAUUUGUAAGAUUAUACUUACAACUAUUAUUAUCAGCAAAAAGUUUAUCAGUAUUAUACUGACUCUGGGGUAGCAGGAUGCGGACGCAGCGAAAAUCAGCCUGAAAUCGAACUCAUGAGUUUGGCCUUUGCGGGAAGUAGGCUGGAGGUGGCAGCUGUUGCAGCGUGACGUCCAAAGUUGUCGUUACCAUUCAUGGGAAUGUUUUUGAGGUGGAGGUUUGGAGCGUGAGCGUUGAUUGCACAGCACACAGGAAGCAACAGCUGCCUUCUCCGCUCAUUGAUUCCCACUCGUAGAAUAUUGUUUUCCUGCUUUGAUGAUUUUUUUUCUUCCUUCCGAACUCGCCAACGAGUUAUUGCGAGUGACUCAAAUCAGUCCUUACAGAGUGAAGUAUUUCUUUUUCUAUCAUAUGUGCAAUAUCUUUGUACUGAUUAGGAACAAGCAAGGCGUCCCUCCUCUUUGUCUAUUUAUUUAUCUUUAUCUUUUUUUUGUCGGGCCCUCUCUGUCUAAAUUAAUGUUAAUGCUCGCUGCAGGCUCGGAGCCGGGUGGAAUGUCUCGUGAGUGAUUUUUGCAUGUACUGUUAUUGAUGUGAGGCUAUCCUCUGCACAUUGUAUAACAAAUCAGUGUUACCAUAGCGAGUUUAAGUGCAAUCAUGUUCCCAAACGCUGACUUGUACUGAGAGUGGAAGUCUUUUGUUGUCCAGGAUGAGAUUCAGGUGAUAGAUCCAACUUUUUUUUUCCAUUUAGGAACAUAUAUGUAUAAAUACUUACAAGGUGAAGAAAGAGAGGAAUGUGUGUAUAUAUUUUAAUAAAGGAAUAUACUUCUCCUUGGACUGAACAGAAAUAUUUUGCUGGAUAAGCACAUAUAAAAAAAAAACAAAAACAUUUUUUUCAAGAAAUGCAGUUAUACCGCAGAAAUGUAAACUGAACAAAGUAACUGGGAAUAUGUAAAGAAUAACUUUAUACAUUCUACAAAUAAGAGUCUAUUCUAGUGUGCACAUUGGUGACUGUAGGCAGUUUGUUCCAAUAUUCAGGUUGUACAUGUAUUUUAAGAGUCACAAUGAAAUCCAUGGCCAUCAGUCAGGCUUCCAGCUUUCUCCUCGUGUGGAAGGUUCUCACAUAUCACAUGUAGGACAUGAAUGUGUCUUUCUGUCGACUUGGAUGUUUUGCUAUAAUUCGGACCCUCGAGUCCCGUUCGUGUUCUGAUGUGUGUUUUCUCCAGUCAUUUCUGUGUGUGUGUGAGAAGGAACCCCAAACAAUGCACUGCAUGGAUCUGAUGCAUCACAUGUCCUAUUCACUGUGAGCUGAUGGGGGUGGGGGGGAAAGGAAAAAAAGAUCAGCCUUUUUUUUUUUUUAUUUAAUUUUGUUUCCUUUUUUUUAUGGUUUGGAGUUUGCCAAUGUUGCUGUGUUCUUGCUGUGUUUUGGUGUUCGGCUGGUUAAUAUUGAAGCUCAGCAUGUAUUUCAUCAACAAAGCCAUUGUGUACAUGACAAACAUAAAGAACAUUGCACUUCCUUCGCUGAGGGCUUUCAUUGUGUAAACAUGAGAUGUGGAUGUGCAAACUGCUUGGAAGGAGGAUUUAUCUUCACGAAGGUGUAAAGGGACCAAAAUGGCGGUGAAAAGAAGCUGUACAUAGUGUGAAUAUGAUCUAUGCUCUGUUCUGAUCAAGACGUACAGACGUCACCUCUUGGAGUGAGUGAGGGCUGAACAUAUCGACCGUCUCUGGAACUGACAUUUGCUGUAGAAAUCAAAAAGCAGACUGUUAGAAAAGUUAGCUACCAUUGACGUCAUGCUCCUUCCAUACACACACACACACACACACACACACACUGCGCACUCAGACAUAUGCAUCUCACUGCAAGCUGUUCAGUCUGUUGUGAGACUCAUUAAAAGAAAAAAAACUAAAAAAGGAAACCACAAGAAUGGCCUCAUUUAUGUGUGCAUUCUGUUUGUACAGUGAGUAGUGAGUCAGUAAGACCCCAGUUAUUGUAAAACUUCAACUGUGACAAUGUUGAGAACGCAAAAUAAACAAAUAUAUGA